AUGGAGAGUGCUAUCCUAAGCACGGCCGGUAAUAAUAGGCUACGGACACAUUUGAAGAAUGCCGCCAAUAGUCUUUGUGCAAGGACGCUACCUAAAAAUCGACGCGCGGAGUUGAUGUCCACCAGUACAAGACACCAUCACACUUACCCGCGAGUUACGCCUCCCAGGCGAGCUCCUAUAUCCUGUCGCAUCGAUUCUUUAAUUUGCGACAAUGGACAGCAAGUGCAAUCUAUAGAGAUACAAGCCGUCGAAUAUGAGGUUAAAACGUCUACUACACAGAAUGGCACUAUGAAACUGAAGGGCAAUCUAGCUAGGGAGGUGGCGAGUGCAUGGGGCUGCCGUGUAGGCCCGCCAGACCAGCCCGCGCCAGCAAAAUGCGUGCAGAGUCUCUUCAACGAUAUAGAGCUGUACCCAACUAAGACCCAGGUAUUUGAAAUGCUGGUAUGCGCACGGCAGUGUGCACGUCGGAAGUCGUUCACGCUCACUUUUGGCGAGUUUUGCGUGUUCGCUGCCGAGUUGCGGCGUUGUUCGCGGCAGGCUAGACAGACUCCGAACAAAACGGAAUCGCCGCAAUGGAACGUAGAUAGAGAACUUCGUGAGAAAGACUUCAAUAAACAUGUCAACGGCAGCGAGGCGUCCCCGCCGCCCUACGAGGUGUUCCUCGGCGGUUCCUGCAACCCCACCACCUGGAGAUCGGACAUAGCGAUACCGAUGCUGAAGCAGAUGGGCAUAACGUACUUCAACCCGCAAGUGGACGAUUGGUCUACGGAAUUAAUGGAGGUGGAGCAUAGAGCGAAAGCCGCUGCGCGUGCGCUGUUGUUUGUUCUGGACAGCGAGACGCGGGCGGUCGCCGCUAGCGUCGAGGCAGCACUGCUGGCUGCUGAACCAAGGGACCUACUACUCGUACUCAAACCUUAUUCCCGUCACCAAACCAUCGGGCAGGAAAAGAUCUCUGAACAUGAGUACGUCGAGUUAUCAAGAGCCAGAGCUACGUUGCAAGAAGUGGUAGAGAGGCGAGGGCUGCCUGCUUUCACGGACAUUCCGAAUGCGCUACGCUGUGCGCGAAUGGUGUUAAGGGGUGCGCGUACGCAUCCCCAACAUCUAUUGGGUUACACAAUCCGUCGUUUGAAGCGCGCUUACGACGCUGCAGGCGGCCGGAACGGGCAACUGUUACGGUCGAAAGCGGUCGACGCGCUGAGAGACGUCACCAAGUGUACUAGAGAUGCGGCCGAAGCGUGUUUACAGCCGGCCGACUGCGUGGACUUUGAAACUUUCUGUGCGGCCGUUGCGGAGUUAGCCGCUGACCCUGGGCGCGGUAAUGGAGGCGCGACCAGCGGUGGCGUUGCAGCGGCGGUCCGUCGCGUGUUUCGUUCACUGCGCGACCGACUAGCUCCCUCUCCUGAAGUACACGAACGUAAUUGUCCGGAGAAUGAGGCGGGGGUUGAUAAUGAAGGGAUCAGGAACGCGUCCGAACGAGUUACGGACACCGCUCGGGAGACAAACGGUCUUCACGUGUGUAACGCACGUCUAAAAGCAUACGGGAGGAAGCUUGGAUUAUUCAUUCCAAAGAACGGCGGCAGUAGACCGGCGUUGGACACCGAGAGCGGUGGUGCUAUGGCGUCAGAUAGCAGCGGCGACUCCGUGUUCACGCCGGGCACUGAGCGGAGACUGGACAAGUUGCCGGCCAUGCUCGGUGCACCAACACACGACGUCUACCUCGGUGGAGCUUUUCCGUUGAACAACACCCGACCAGAAGAGGUCCUCCGUCGCGAAGGCUUCACGUACGUGAUACCGCGUCCGAACGAUUACACUCGUAUGUUCUCGGCGCCGGCGCGUCGAUCUGCGCCCGCACAUCCGGAAUCGCCGCGUCACGACAAGAAGCCCCGCCCCUCGCCCUUGCACUCGCCCACGGAGGAGGUGCAACUGCGAGAUAAACCGGUCGAUAUAGAUCCAACGGAAAGAUUGAGCGCUUCCGACUUCUAUACUGUCACCGAGGACUCUACGCCGCAGCCUUUUAAAGGCAUGUACGAUGAAGAUCUGCUGCUAGGUUCUCGUGUGCUGGUAUUCAGUAUGAGUGCGGAGGCGCCGUGUUUCGCCGCGAUGGUGCUGGCCGCUCAUUAUAUGGGACUUCGCCCCGCCAACACGGUACUUCUAGUACAACCCAUGGACCCCAACCUAUGCCCAAAUUACAGCGAAUCUGCUAUCAAAGAUUACAACCGUGGGCGUCAUUACCUCACGGACCUAGCGAGACGCGCCGGUAUACCAGUGUUCGACAACGUCGACUCGACAAUGGUCCACGUAGUCAAUCGACUUCGAACCCUAUAG